AUGAAAUCAUUCGGUGGUCUGUUUAUGAAGGUACCGCAGGAUGUGACUAAGGAUGAAACUCAAGACCUUCUUCCAGAGAACAUUGUGCCUCGAAUAGCGGAUAUGAGGAUAGGAUGCACGAACCAAAUAGCAAGAAUGUUAUUACCUGUUAGAAUACCUUUAGAGUUAAAUGAUACUAAGACGUCAAAUAACGCUAGUUUGAACUCACCGAUUAUAGACAAAACGUUAGAGAAUUAUAAAAUUAUAGUAGCAGUUGCACCCAAGCACAUCAGAAUCGGUAAAGGUGAUGCAAAGGAUUUGUUGGUUUAUAUAAUCUUUCACGACGACGAGGCCGCGGACAGCAGUACCAUAAAAAUGCCUUCAAUAUAUUUUGUAAGUAAAGCAGAUGUCAGCAGAGAUUUACAACGGAAGGAAAAGGCCGAUCCCAUUUUUGUUAUAGACAGUAACCGAACCGUAACAGGUCUCAAGAGCAAUGAAGUAUCAAAGUUUAUAAAAUUUAGAAAUAAACUUAGGAAUCAUUUUAAAUAUAUGUAA